CACCAUCAAAUGUACAAGCAAUGAGAAUAGGAGAUACAAUAGUGCUAUCAUGGGAUCCAGUGACACUAGAAGAAGCUAAAGGAUUCUUUGUAUACAGUAUCACAUUAACUCCUGAUGAUGGUAGCACUAGCAGUACAUUAAGACAAACUAAUACAAGAACUAUAUCAGUAGCUUAUGAUACCACAUCAGUUAAUAUAACUGAUACUGAACCACAGUUAGCUUAUACUGUGAGUAUUAGUGUAUUGCUAUUGAGUGAUGUAGGACUAAUUGAAGGACCAGCAAUUCACACUUCCCUAACAAUGCCACCUACAAAUAUCAGUAGCACUGAUGAUGGUAGUGUUCUUUUGGUAGCAGUAAUAGUGUCAACUGCAUUAAUAAUGAUUUUCUUUGUGGUGGUGGUACUCAUGUGCAUCAUCAUUGUAGUUUUGUAUAGAAAAAAGUCAAAGAAGUUUGACAUAAGUAAAGCCAAUGAACUCAGUGUAGCACCUAAUGUAGGAUAUGGUUUAGUGGCAAUUGCUAGUACUUCUGAAACACAAAAUAAUGAAGGAAUUUAUGAGAAGAUUGAUGAAUAUUUAUAUGAACCAAUAGAUGAUAAAGUAGAGCAGCAAAAAGAAGAGGAUACUUCAAUUGUAGGAGACAGUGUUGUUGAUAACAUACCAAUAGCUAACUGUCCUACAUUUGCUACCAGUCCUAUUACUGCUCCAAUUUCUAGUCCCAAUCAAGGAGAGACAAAUGAAGAGCAAGAUGUUGAUGAGUACGAAGAUAUGUCUUAAAGUGCUUUAAUUGGUUUAUAAAUUGGACAAGGUGUGCUUUGAAUAAAAAAUUGUGCCAAUGCAAUAUUAAAACUUUUCAGUUUUUAAAAUUAGAAAAAUUUAUGCCAUUGCUCACUUACUAAUUCCCUUUUAUCAACAGUCCUUAUGAAACAUGCACAAU